GGAGACAUUGCUCUCGAGUCAACCCAGGCCUGUCCGCUGUCGUCGUGUGAAUACCCCUCGGUGCCCGCGGGCGAAAAAAAUAAAAAUAAAAAUAAAGCUGUGCAGCAUCUAGUGUCGUCUCCACUCGGCCCUUGCUACGAAUGACCAGUUGCUCGAUUGUCGAUUUCGAAGUCGACGCCCAAUAAAAUGGACGAUACAUCCCAACCAUCACAGCGUACCAGCAUUUACGUUGUUGCGCCUCUGCGGAUCGAAAAAGGGAAGAGGAGUACGAGCAUCACAUCACGAGGCUCGGGCUCACAGAAGUCGAGACCUCGCAGUCGCAACCACUCGCACAACCGUUCCGCCGGCGGUCAUUCACAUUCUUCCUCAAAUCAACAGAUCACCCCUCCUCCUUCACCACAUCCACCUUAUGGAUCAUACACGGACCCAGAGAUGUCGCCAGAGUUCCAUCCUUUCCUACGAGCGUUCUAUCCAUUCCACCCCACAUAUUCGAGCAAUUCGACAACAGUAACAUUACCACUUAAUGCCGGGGAUGUUAUUCUGGUGCAUAGUGUGCAUACCAACGGAUGGGCCGAUGGCACCAUGUUGAGUUCUGGCGCGCGAGGAUGGCUACCGACGAAUUAUUGCGAAUCGUACGAGGCGAUUCACAUUCGAGCGUUGCUGAAGGGAUGCUUGGAGUUGUUUGAGCAGUUCCGUGCAGGCUCGGUCAAUCAGAUCGCUGUCACUGGCAUCCUGGCCGGUGUGAGGCAUUUGCUGGAAUCAACCGAAUGCCUCACGCGCGAGGCAGACAUUGUGAGAUCCAACGAUGCGAUCCGAAAAGCUCGCAAAGUGGUGCUUAACGAGCUCUCCGGACUGGUCAAGACUGCCAAGAAAAUCAACAGCAAGUGCGGGGAUGAUGUCGUUGACGAAUUGAUCCUGCGGAGCUUCAAGAUCGUCGUGCGCGGGGUUCGUUUCCUAGACGUAUGGUACGACCAGUACGAAAUCACGGAGAGCUGUGCGGGCGAUUUCGACGAAGAUGAUUACCUGAACGACAAUUCAGUUCCGCCCACACCUCCGUGUGAUUCGCUCGCUUCCCGAUCGUCGAGCACGGCUGGGUCGGACGCCAAUGCUGGCGGCUAUUUUAGUCCGCAGUCUGCAGACCGCGACCAGAUUCGCUAUACCCCGACUCGCCGAGUAGCCAGUGUGAAGACAGAAUCCCAUCCUCUACCGUCCACACCUUAUACUCCGGCCCCACGUGCCAAUGCGGACGAACAUCUACGUCCGCAGAGUAUCGAACUUGCGUCCCCGCAGCAGGUCUAUGCGCUGGCACGACUCAACACCACGCAUGAUGUAUUACUAUCUUAUCUAGGAUCAUAUAUCGGUCGUAUCCACUUGCAGGCGCGGUUUACACCCCAACUGCAACUCACACAACAACAGUCGGUUGCCGCAGCCCGUGAUCUCCUUGCUGUCGUGGAGGCCGUUUACGCACGCGAUCCCCGGGCUGGAGCUCUCGAGACAGCGAAGGAGGCUCUUUACCAACGAAUCUCCUCGUUAAUUUCGGCCACCAGAGAGGUUGUUUCGAAUCGGACGGAGGAAGACAUGGGCGAGGACGAAGAUGGAAUCUUGAUUCCAGAUGGGGGAAGGAGUUUAGUGGAAGCCGCCACUGGGUGUGUCCGGGGGGCGGGAGAGUGUGUUGCGAAGUCGAAGUUCGCGAUUGAGCGGAUUGGCGACUUUGUCUUGGAACCAGCAGCGCUCAACAUUGGUCUAGGUAUAACUACCGACCCAGUGGAGGCGGAAGAUGCCUUGGUGCCAGCUUGCGAAACACAACAAGAAGAAGUAGCUGCUGAUGCGCCCACGCAAGAAGAAAUCGAUCGAGACCUUAUGCCCCCUCCCCCAACACCCGACAAGAUUCCUCCACCACUACCACCCAAAGACUCGCCCGCACCGCCGCAAAAAGACUCCCCACCACUACUCCCACUCAAGGACUCCCCACCACUACUCCCACGCAAAGAUACAUCACUACUACCACCCAAAGAAAUCACACCACUUUCGCUCGCUUCGACCACACCCGCAUUAACCGUAGAUACUAGUGUGCGAUCGUCAAUAACAUCAUCAUCGACGGUUGCUCCAUCUUCGCCCGUCGCUGCCGUGCAGCAGCCCACCGCCUCGCGACGGUCGUCUACCGCUUCGUCGCUUUCACCUCCUAUGCUCAAUGUUUCACCCUCGAACAUCCAAGGUGAAUACUGCGUGGAAACCAUCCGAAAAUCCUUCAACAAAAGCGUUCGGGCCGAUAGCAUCGGUGCCGAAUCUCUCGCAGCAACAGAUUCUACCGGGGUCAACAGCGUCCGGGGAUCCGAAUUUAGCAUUGUUUCACAGACGUCAACGAGAGCAACCACACCCGAGCCUCUUUCCUCUACAAGCAUCGACACCCCGAUUCUCUCCACCGAGCUGGCGCUGCUCGGAAGCAGUCAAGUUUCCCUUGCUAGUGGCUCCGGCAGCGAAUACCUGUCGGAGUCGCAUGCAGAGGACUUGACAUUUAAUAAAGACGGGCAGAUCACCGGUGGUACCCUUCCAGCCUUAGUGGAAAGGAUGACCGUGCACAACUCUACUCCCGAUGCGGUCUUCGUUGCGACGUUCUACCUCACCUUCCGACUAUUCACGACCCCUCGCGACUUUGCCGAGGCAUUGGUGGACCGCUUCGACACCGUGGGGUCGGCACCGGGUGCCACCCCUGUCCGACUCCGCGUCUACAACGUUUUCAAGGGCUGGUUGGAGUCGCAUUGGCGAAACAGUGUCGAUGGCGAUGCACUCGAAAUCAUCAUAUCAUUCGCAGGCAUGCGACUGAAGGAAGUGUUGCCUGGAGCUGCCAAGCGACUGCUCGAGCUUGCCGAGAAAGCCGCCUCCGUCGACGGACCCCUGGUUCCUCGCCUGGUUUCGGGCAUGGGCAAGACCACCUCUUCGUCCACCACCUACAGCGUGCCCGAGACGCCCAUCCUGACUCCUGUCAUCACAAGGAGCCAGCUCAAUGCCCUCAAGGGUGCCCUCGGGCCUAACGGGGUGCCAGUGAGCAUUCUCGAUUUCGACCCGUUGGAGUUGGCGAGACAACUCACCCUCAAGGAGUCACGGAUGUUUUGUUCGAUAUUGCCUGAAGAGUUGAUUGCCCAGGAAUGGACUAAGAAGAGUGGAUCAUUGGCUCAGAACGUGUUGGCAAUGUCGUCGCUUUCUACCGACUUGGCACAUCUCGUUGCCGAAACCAUCCUCGACGUCCCAGACACCAAGAAACGUGCGGUGGUGAUCAAACACUGGAUCAAGAUCGCCGACCGAUGUCUGGAACUCAACAACUACGACUCCUUGAUGGCUAUCAUGUGCACGCUGAAUGCGUCCACGAUCUUGCGACUCAAGAAGACGUGGGAGCUGGUUUCGUUCAAGACAAAGCAAGUUCUGGAGCAUUUGAGGUCGGUGAUUGAUGUUUCGAAGAACCAUGCCGUGCUCCGCGCACGGCUACGGAGUCAUGUACCGCCUUGCUUGCCGUUCCUUGGAACCUAUCUGACCGAUCUUACCUUUGUGGACGUCGGAAACCCUUCCAAGAGACCCUUGUCUAUCGACGGGUCGACCAAGCAGCUCAUCAACUUCGACAAGCACAUCAAGACUGCACGGAUCAUCUCGGAACUCCAACGAUUCCAGAUUCCAUACCGGAUCCAGGAAAUCCCUGAGAUGCAGAGCUGGAUCGACCAGCAGAUCGACCGGGUCCACAAUUCGAAGGCGGCCGAUGUUCAGCACCUUUACCGACGAUCGUUGCUCUUGGAACCCCGCGAAACCCAGACCCAGAGGCCGACAAAUACCCCCGAAGUCCAGACUCCGCCCCCACCGCCUCCGCAGGUAAUCCCGAAGGAACACUCCGCAAAGUCGGAUCUGUUCGCGUGGGCACAUGUGUUUAGAGCUCCCGUAAAUUAAGGUUUUGCGGGGUUUCGCACGUCCUGGGUAGCCGUCUCUUACUUUCCACUCUUGCUCUUGUGUUGUACGAGUCAUCUUUAGUCUUUCUUGUCGAAGCGGAAAAAUGACGGGAUGCUUUCUUACGGGGAUAUUUUUUUCGGGGUUCCAGGUGUUAUCCUUUGGUCACUAUUACUCUCUUAUUAUAUUCUUGUCUCAUCCUUUAUUUCUUUACCAUGGGACACCUUGGUGUCUUUUUUCUCCUCUUU